AUGGCUCGUCAAAAUUUCAUUGGUUUAGUGGUAUCUCAAGGUAAGAUGCAAAAGACUGUGAAAGUUCGCGUCGAAACGAAAGUGUUUAAUAAACGUGUGAACAAGGAAUUAUUCCAUAGGAAAGAUUACUUGGUUCAUGAUGAAGGGGAAAUUUCUCGCGAAGGUGACAUGGUACGUAUCGAAUCAACAAGACCCAUUUCUAAGCAUAAAUUCUUUGCCAUUGCUGAAAUUAUUAAGAACAGUGGUCAAAAAUUUGCUGAGUUUGAAAACGCUGCAAAGUUGAAUGUAGCGAAGGAGGAAGCUUUGAAAACUAAAGAGUUCUUGGAUAGAAGAGCUCAAAAAUUGUCCUCUUUGUCAUCUUCAUCCACUGAUGUAACUGUGUCUAAUAGUACUCUUCUAAGUGAUAUCAAAUACUUACAAAAAGUGUUGAAUAACGACGGAAAUGAAAGUACCAACAAAGAUCAGGAAUCAGAAACGAGAAAAUUAUCCGAAAUAAAACAAAAAUAUGGUAUCAACGAUGAUUUUUCAAAGGAUACAAUAAGACAAUUACUAAGUCUUGAUAUAAUUAAAAUGGAGAAGGACUUACAAUUACAAAAAAAUAAUAUUGACACCGUUCAAAUAAGAAUUAAAGAAUAUAUGGAAGAUAAUUUGAAAGCUCAUGAAUUCUUAAAAAAUCAUGGUAUUGAAUCACCUGAACUUUUACAAAAAAAUAUAAUGAAGAAUUUAUUAAGAAAACAUUUAAUGCAUGAUUUACAACUGUAA